AUGCUUCCGGCAGGCAAUGUGAAAGCCAUCGAUGCUUACUUCUUCGGUGCCAGCACCUCGACCGAAUCCGGCCUGAGCACUGUUGAUGUAAAGGAUCUCAUACUCUACCAGCAGCUUUACAUCUAUUUCAUUCCCAUUAUCACAAACCUCGGCUUCAUCAACGCUUUCACUGUUCUUGUGCGUCUGAUCUGGUUCCGCAAGCACCUUAAGAAAGUUGACUCGACCCAAGAGGAGAUGCACAAAGGCAAAGAGCAGUCAGACGAGGCUUACGAGCCCGAGACACGUGAAGCUUCCCUAGCUCCUGGAGCAGCGCACCCUCGGAUCAUCAUUGAUGAUUCAGCCAGGCCUCCACGAGUUGAGACAUCAGGACAUGUCCCUAGACUCCAAGAAGUUGAUCAGGAAAUCUCCGUUGUUGGCGAAGGAGGCUCCGUGUAUGAUCUUCGCCACCGCCGCACCAAUGCCUCUCGCACUUCGCUAUCGAUGGAGAGCGUUUCCAACGUGGCGUAUGUCGCCAAAACAAUGUUGAUCUUGGACCCUGGCUCCAGUGAACACCGGUCAGAAUCCAACCCGCCAGGGCCUCGAGCACAGUUUCCGGAUGACAAGCUCCGCUUGUCUCGCCAUGUUACCAUCGGUCGCAACUCUGAGUUUGUCGGUCUAACUAAGAAGGACUGGGAGAGAAUUGGAGGCCUAGAAUAUAGGAGCCUCAAGCUUCUUGUGAAGAUUGUAUUCUCCUAUUUCUUCGGCUUGCACCUUCUUGGUGUCAUCUUCCUUGUGGGCUGGAUCCAGUACGCCAAUCCCAAGUACAAAGAGGCCGUGUAUUCUGCCCAGAGCAUGGUAGACAAUCUGGGUUUCACUCUUACGCCAGACUCGAUGAUUUCGUUUCGUGAUGCGAUAUGGCUGAUGAUCGCAAUGAGUUUUCUGGCAUUUGCUGGCAACACCCUCUAUCCGGUCUUGCUAUGUCUUCUUAUCUGGACCAUCUCAAAGGUCGCACCUAAGAACGCAUCGAUCCAGGAGCCACUAUCAUACCUCUUGAAUCACCCCCGUCGCUGCUAUACAUUGCUCUUCCCGAGCCGCCCAACCUGGAUCCUCUUUAGCAUCAUCUUUUGUUUCAACUUUCACCUCUUUGCGGCAAUCUUCCAGGCUGCCUCCUCGCGUCACACCGGCACCGCAACAUUCAAUCUUGCGAAUGUCAACCCCGCCGUGCAGUUCAGUCUGAUGGUUAUGAUGUAUAUUGCCAUCUUCUUCACCGUUUGGAGCAUAUUUUUCGAAGUCACAUCCGCUUAG